AUGGCGUCACUGAAACCCGAACGUGAAUGGAACGGCAAAUCUGAAAAGCAGUCAGCGUCCACAUCGUGUCCAACUGCCAUAGCCGGCAGCAUACGUACCAGUUCCUUGUCGUACAUCAUCGAAACCCUGACCUACACGGUCCGGUCCCUCGUCUCCACCGUCACCACAACCUACUUCGUCGUCAAGGCGAGCGAGUUAAGCGGCAUCACCGAUGAGCUGGCGCAAUUCGAGGGAGUCCAGCCGACCAAAUUUCUCGAGAAAGCCGCCUCCAAGCGCCGAUACCUCCGCUUCUCCAUAGUCUGCUACAGCUGUCUCUUAAUCGCCAUGACAAUCCUCUUCUUCGUACUCGUACCCGCGCAGAAGUACUUCGACAAGUGCUUCUACGGCAUAGACCUCGCCAGCGCCGGCAUACCCAACGGCCCCGCCAUCCUGAUUGGGCUGAUCGAGUGGGACUCUUACAACGUCCUCGUCACCGGCUCUCCGGUGCUGAUGACCAACUACAUCUACCUUUGCGAUUACCUUCGCGCGCAGAUGCUCAGCUUUAGGGUUGCCGAGAGGGCAGUUCUGGACAGCGGGCCUCUGGACGUCGCCAAGUUCGAAAAGGUCCGGACCAUGUGCACCAGGCUUAUAGAUGUGGAGCGACGACUCGACUCCCUUUUCGCCCCCGCGGUCCUCCUCUGGUUCGUAGACCUGCUAGUCAACAUCGUCCUCCCCAUCCGCACCCUCAUUAACGGCAUCGCUUCCUUCACCCUGGCCAACGUCAUGUCCUUCUUCAUAGAGGUCAUCUACUCGGUGUCUUUCUUCAUGAUCCUCUCUUUCUCGCUGGCUCAAGUGGACAAGGAGUACAAGGAGAUCGAAGAAGAGACGUUUCGGCUGCGUAACUCUGUGGCCACCGAAGACUGGCAGCUGUGCCAGCAGGUCACCUUGCUCGAAUCCAACAUCAACUCGUCCAAGUUUACGCUGACCGGCUGGGGUCUCUUCGAAGUGGAUCGAUCCUUUAUUCUGACCAUCGUCGGGGCCGUUGCCACCUACACGGUGGUGUUGAUUCAACUGACGCCGGGGCAGGACACUUACUGAGAGGAACGUUGCUUUGGACGGAGUGCAAGUACAAGCUGGGAAAAGGUUUAACAACCGCGAGGGAUCCCACUUAUAGCUCAA